AUGGCUUCUGUUGAGGAUACUUAUGACUAUAUUGUCUGCGGAGGAGGAACCUCUGGCUGUGUGGUUGCUGGUCGUCUAGCCGAGAACCCCGAGGUCAAAAUCUUGCUGCUGGAGGCUGGGCAGCAUAAUAAAGACCUGGAAAAUGUUCAUAUGACUGGCGGGUGGUCAAACGUCUUCGAUGCCGACACCGACUGGAAUUUCGUCACUCCUCCGAUGGCGGGGGUUGACAACCGCCAAGUGAAACUGAGUCGGGGCCGAUUCCUUGGAGGAUCCAGCGGGUGCAAUGGCACGCUUUGCAUCCGUGGCAGUAAGCAGGACUAUGAUGAUUGGGGACUAGAUGGGUGGAGCGGAGAGGAGUUUUUCAAGUAUAUGAGAAAGUCGGAGACCUUCCACCCAAAGGCAUGGUUUAAGGCCGAUAAAGAGAGUCAUGGAUACUCCGGGCCCCUUCACACAGAGCCCCAUGAUCUGGCGCCCAUCUCCCAGCUCCUGCUCGAAUCCUAUGCCUCGCAAGGUAUGCCCUUGAACCAUGACAUGUUCAGCACUGGCGAUAUUGCGCAAGGAUGUGGCCAUGUGCCCCGAACAGUGUACCAGGGCAUACGGACAACAGGCGCUGAUUUCGUCACCAACAAGAACCACCGUGGGAACAUCACAAUCAAGACCGAUACUACUGUCGAUAAAAUUAUCUUCAGCAAGCAAGCGAACGAGACCCGUGCUUCCGGUGUAGCCACGCAAACUUCAGAUGGCAAGUCCCACAUCUACUACGCCCGAAAGGAAAUUAUCAUCUCCGCGGGCGCCUACUGCAGUCCCGCAAUCCUCCUCCGAUCUGGCAUUGGUCCCAAGGCAGAGCUAGAACAGCUCAACGUUCCCUCUUUGGUCAAUUUACCAGGCGUGGGCAAGAAUCUCAUGGACCACCUCAUUGUAUUCAUGUUCUAUGAAACCGAAAAGCAAGGCCUAACAAACGACCACCACGUCUACCAUGGCGACAACUUCGACCGAACCUACGCACAAUGGAAAGAAAAGAAAACCGGCUUCUUAUCCAGCUUCCCCUUCGGCAGCUUUGCCUUCGCACGUCUCGACGACCGACUAAAAGACGAGCCUCUUUGGAAAAACGCCACCCGCAAACCAGGCCGUGACCCCAUGGGCCUCACACCACAACAGCCAAAUAUCGAGUUCUUCAGCACAGAGUGCUACGGUGGUCCCAAGCAAUACGACCAAUUCCCGAUUGAUAACCAGCACGCGUUUUCCAUUAUUGCAGAGCUGUUUGCACCGAAGUCUCGUGGCUCGGUGGUACUCGAAUCGGCGGAUCCAUCGGUCAACCCGGUCGUCGACUGUAAUUAUCUGUCUGAUCCGCUGGAUCUGUUGGUUCUUAGUGAGGCUUGUCGGUUUGGCAAUGAGAUUGUUAUGCAGGGUGCUGGGACUAAGGAUAUUGUUAAGGGGUCUUGGCCGCCGAAUUUGAAUCAUCAUACUUAUAAAUCGAGGGAGGAGUGGGUUCCGUAUGUGAAGCAGCAUGCGACUACUUGCUACCAUGCGGCGGGUACUUGUGCCAUGGGGAAGAAUGAUGAUCCCAUGGCUGUGCUCAAUGAGAAAUUGCAGGUCAGGGGUGUUUCAGGUCUUCGGGUUGCUGAUUGCAGUGUCAUGCCUACAUUGAAUGGAGGACAUACCCAGAUGCCGGCUUAUGGCAUUGGAGAGAAAUGCGCAGAUUUGAUCAAAGAGACAUGGCGGAUGGCGGGCAAUGUCUAUCCUCGCAUCUGA